UUAUGAAUUUGGCGGAAAUAUUUCUCUCUUUCAAAUAUGCGAAGGAAGAGUAAGCUCAUAGCUUCGCUCUGAAUUCAGAUUUCAUCUUCAUUUCUCGGAUUCUGCUUCGAUCGAUCAACGAGUUACGACGGCUAAAGAAAAAAGCUCUCUUCUUCAGUUCUGAUUAAUCAAAUGUUUUCUGAAAACAAGCGCGAAUCCAAAGCCCCGAAGUUCAAUUCCGGCGUCCUAUCACAAAUCAACUCGAUGAAUGCGGCCGGCAAUCGCCGCUCUGGGUCACCGUUCGAUCCCUACGCAUCAGACAGCUCCGAUUACCCGGCUCCGCUGAUGAAGUUCCUGCGCUCUGUCGAUCCGCCACCGGCGUUCCUCACGCCGGUCAAGGUUGAGGAAGAUGUGAUUGUUAUGGAUGGGAUUUCCGUGCCUAAUUCCAACAAAGGAAGCGGUGAAGUGAGACUGAGGUUGCCUUUGAUGCCAUCGAACUCUCUCAACUGCAGAUUUGUGAAAUCGAAUUCGAAUUCUACUGCUUAUAAGAAUAGCCUCUGCCAUUACUGGGAAACUUCUCAUACGUGCCAAUUUGGUUCCCAAUGUGAGUUUGCACACGGCAAAGAGGAGCUACGCCAUCAUCGGUUCUCAGGCAAGACCAAACUCGAGAUCUCCAAACCAAACAGCAGUUUCGAGGGAUCAAGCGAUUCAAGCCCAUCACCAUGUGGCUCUGAGUUAAACCGAAACAGCCAUGUCAGGGCGGCUGCAGCAGAAGCCGAAGGAGAAGAGGCAUUCUCAAUGCCACCACUAUCACCAAUCCCAGCAGAAGAAAUUUCUGGAACUAGCACGGUCCCGGACACUACUAUGCUCGUCUCGGAUUGGACUCCUCGCACUGAUGGGAUCAAGGUCUCUUUGCCUUGUGUGGACAAGAGUCCAUCAAAGGAAGAUGUAGGUGCUUAUAUGGAGAAUGUGCUGUAUGGGGCUAAGGUGAAGUAGAGGCUGCCUGUGUUUGUUGGGAUUUGCUCCGACUCUUAGUUGAUUCAUGGAGACACAUUUUUGUGGUGAUAGGAUUUACUGAUUUGAUUUUGCUGAUCUGACCGUAUUGGCCGACAUUGGGCAAUUUUGAGAGAUAAUCAGAUUCGUGUCAGGGGUUGACAAUAAUUUCGGCCAAAAUUGACUAUUUUUCCCGAUGUUCUAGAAAUGUCUGCAACGAGUAAAUAGUUCUAUGAAUGAAUGAAUCGUUUUAUAUGGAGUA